AUGACCACCAAGCGCUCUCGCCCUUCCCCACCGUCCACCGAGUCUUCUCUCCUCGACGUCUUUGCGACUCGCGGCUGGGUUUGCGUCAGGGAUCUAUUGUCACCCCCAGAACUUCGCGUGCUACAAGACGAGUGCGAUGCUCUUUACGCCCGCCAAUCCGCUGAGGCCAUCGCUGCCCAGGGCUGCGUGCUGGACGUCAUGGCGCAAUGCCCGAUGCGUGACUCAGAUUCGGCGCGGGUCGACUCCAGGAGUUACUUGACCGCUCGAGCCAAACAGUUGAAGAGCAUCGAGGACAACCCGCAAGUCUUCGCCUCGUUGCUCUUUGAGAAGCUCCCGACGAUCGCUGCCCAGUUAUCAGCAGGUUGUAUGGGUACCGAAGUGGAGACACCGACGGAGGUAUUUUUCUUCAAUGAGCACUAUGUGGUGAAGCCGCCCAAGAGCCACGUCGAGUUUCGUUGGCAUCGAGACGACGAUGAGCAGCUUGCCAUGUGCGUGCAUCGAGAGACGAUCGCGCCGUACGUGUCGGCGUGGUGUGCGCUGGACGAUGUUACAGAAGAGAAUGGAGCUCUGCAGUUUGUGUCGCUGGAUGGGUCGUCUACAUUGGAUGAAGAUGAAAAAGACCAGUUGCAGCGACGUGCUAGCGAGCCGGUGGCUGCCAAGGCGGGUGAUGUGUUGUUUUUCCUGUCGAAC